AUGGAAACGCCUCUUUCCGUGUUUUUGCGGCGUGUGUCAUUUGGCGCGAUGUGUUUAAAGUUUAGUUUUGAACUAUAGCUCUGUGUGUUUAUAGUUUGUUAAAUCAGCUAAACUAAGACAUGCAGCGCGAGCUAAACAGAAGCAUUGUUUCUAACAUGGACCGAUACAACGACUUAAAAAUUCUCUUAAAGCAGUGGGAACACACGUUUGUUCAAACACACAACAGAAAACCAAACAAGGAUGAUAUUGCUGCAGCUCCAGAAGACACGAAAAAACUUUAUAAAGAGUACCGCAUGCUCAAAGAGGUAAAGGAGAAGAGCACACGGGAGGGCGAGGAGGGCGUACGAAAGCAGGAAAUUCAGUCUCCAGCCUCUGGUGACUGCUGGGGUUCUCAUCUUGAUCGUAAAAACCUGCCUGCAGCAUCACCCAAACUCACUUCUACAGACAAGGAGACUUUCCAAGCCUCUGUUCAGUACUUUGGAAUGAAGUUGAAGUCGAAUCUCAUCAACUCUUUAUCAAAGGAUCGAUCAUUUUCUCUGAAGAAAUCAGUCACUCCUCGCCGGACUCAAGGAAAGAGCUGGAAAGAUGGUGUAACUGCUAGCGUGGCACCCGAGGAUGUGAUGACUCCUUCCCCAAAACCUGCUAACACAAGUCCAGCGCAGUUCACUUCUCCAGCUCAGACAGGAAGUAAUGAGCAUGAGGACGAACCCUCAGAUCCCUUUCCUUCCUUCACUCCUAUUAAAACGUCCUCACUAUGCACAAAGACUCCAAAUAAGAACGUGGAGAAAACCCAGUUCCUCAGACAGUCCAUGACCCAGAGGCUGUCUUGUGUGGACCGGGGCUGGCUGGAGCGCUGUCAGGUCUUCACUGAGCUGAGAGACGAGCACAAACCGGCCACGGGUAAUGUAGACCUGCCGGAAAAACCCAGGAUUGCUGAAAAUAGUGCAAAAAGUGAAAAAAUAACUGGUGAAAACGUUGUGUCCAAAGACUCAACAUCACCACAGGACGUGUCUCACGUGAGUGCAGAGAAAUUUCCGGUACAUGUUGAUCACACUUCAGGAAACGCUGAUUUAGAAACAAAGCCCAGUGUUCCAGAAGGUCAGGAGGGGAUUGAGGAAUUCAGUCCUUCUUUAGAAACUAGAAAACAAACCAAAAAACCCAGAUCAAGAAAAGCUCCAGAGAGCAAAGACCCAGAUUACGAGCAAAAGACUGCAAGAAAAAAGGGACGGAAAAGACAGAGAGAAACUGAAGAAGGAGAAGUACAAGAAGGACAAGCUGAAAAUGUCCAAAAGAAACGCAGAACCAAGAAAGAGUCCUCCUCUGCUGAGGAUAAGCCUGCUAGAAAAGGACGGAAAAAGAAAGGAACAGGGGAUGAGGAGGGAGAAAGCACUCCUGAGAUUAAAGGACCUCCGAAAUCAAAGAUGGCUCAGGAGAACCUUCUAGGGGAAGUGGACGAGGAGGACGUGCGAGCGGCGUCAUCCAUGAAGAGAAACCCGAUCAGAAGCAGGGUGACCAAAAACACAGACGGAAACUUUGUGAAAAUCAACCUGAAGAAGAAAUCUCAUGUUAAAGGGUUUGCCCUGAGGGGUGCUGCUCUGCGCAAGCAGAUGUACAUGCAGAAGUUCCAGCUGAAGGGAGAGAGGUUUGGCGGAGGCAGUGGGCGGGGCAGGGGCAGGUUUGGGGGAUUUAACCGGCAGGGAGACGUCUGCUAUAAAUGUGGAGGAACAGGACACUGGGCACGAGACUGUCGUGGAGCAGCUCCUGGUGUGGGAGGGGCAUCGCAGAAGGACACGGCCCCAGAGGAGGAGGAAGAGGAGCCAUUUGAGCUGCCCACCUUGGAGGAAGUAGCCCGAGCCACAGGAACUCUCCGCUCUGAGCCUAUUGCAGUGUCCUCGAGUGUAAGAGACGAGGCAGAUGAGAAAGAAGAAGACAGAGGAGAGGAAAUCCUGCUAAAUGUAAUGAGACCGGAUUACGAGCGCCCCGCUCCUCCUCCACCCAUGGAGCCUCUGUACAGUCCCCGAGAGGACGGGAAAGUGCAGGAGGUUCCUCCUGAGGUGUACCAGGCUCUCACUGACUUUGGGUACAAGUCCUUUAGGCCUGGUCAAGAGAUGGCCAUCAUGAGAAUUCUCUCAGGUUUAUCUACUCUUGUGGUUCUGUCGACCGGUAUGGGCAAAUCUCUGUGCUACCAGCUCCCUGCUUACCUGUAUGCACAAAGGUCAAACUGCAUAACCCUGGUUGUCUCACCUUUGGUAUCACUAAUGGAUGACCAGCUCUCUGGGAUUCCUUCGAAGCUGAAAGCAGCGUGUAUCCACUCCAACAUGUCUCAGAAACAGAGAGAGACCGCUAUUGAAAAGGUGAAAGCAGGUCAAGUGCAUGUUCUACUGCUGUCUCCAGAGGCUCUGGUUGGUGGAGGUCACUCAGGCUCCGGUUGUCUCCCCCCUGCUGAUCAGCUUCCUCCUGUAGCUUUUGCCUGCAUUGAUGAAGCUCACUGUGUGUCUGAGUGGUCACACAACUUCAGGCCAUGCUACCUCAGACUGUGUAAGGUACUGAGGGAUCGUCUAGGUGUGCGAUGUUUGCUGGGUCUAACAGCCACUGCCACCCUGUCCACUGCGCUGGACAUUGCUCAUCAUCUGGGCAUUAGCGAUCGGGAGGGCAUCGCCGUCCGCUCAGCUGCCGUGCCACACAACCUCCAGCUCUCUGUGUCCAUGGACAGAGACAAAGAGCAGGCUCUGGUGUCCUUGCUUAAGGGAGAACGUUUUGGUGCACUGGAAUCCAUUAUAGUGUACUGCACCAGACGUGAGGAGACCAGCCGCAUCGCUGCACUGCUGCGCACCUGCCUGCAGGGGGUGAUGCUGAAAGAGUCCUCACGGCCUGUCAGAGAGGACGAGGAGAACAAUCCUGUGGGCAAGAAGAAGAAAGCUUUGGCCAGGAAGAAGAUCCGGAAGCCGCUGAAGUGGAUCGCCGAAGCGUACCACGCGGGCAUGUCCGCCUCGGAGCGCCGGCGCGUGCAGAAUAACUUCAUGUGUGGCGAGCUGAGGGUGGUGGUGGCCACUGUGGCGUUUGGGAUGGGACUGGACAAGUCAGAUGUGCGCGGGAUCAUACACUACAAUAUGCCCAAGAGCUUCGAGAGCUACGUGCAGGAGAUCGGACGAGCCGGGCGAGACGGAGAACCUGCACACUGCCACCUGUUCUUAGAUCCAGAAGGUGGAGAUCUGCAUGAGUUGCGCAGACACAUCUAUGCAGACACCGUGGACUACUUCACCGUCAAGAGGCUGGUGCAGAAAGUUUUCCCUCCCUGCAAGUGCAGACGUAUACAUCAGCACCAGGAAUUAGCCCAGGCCAUGGAGGUGGAUGAUGCCGAGCUGAUGGAACUGAUGGAUCACUGUGAAGCUUCUGGAAACGACCAAGACGAGCAGCAAGACACAGCAACACCUACCCACAUCCAUCAAACAGAACCAGAGCAGACGGGAACCAUGCAGCAGAACCCACCUCAGACAGCAUGCUCUCAGGAGUGGAACAAACCAACAAUGCAUGAAACAGAGGGAGAGUCAGAAGAGGAAGAGAAGUCGUCACAGGAGGGACGAAACGAUGAGGGUGAGAUGAAGAGAGGAAGAGAAGAUGGUUCAGAGAUCCAAGAGAGCAAAGACGGUGUAUGGGGUCAGCGUGUGUGUCACACCCAUGAGAGAGCAGUUCCAAUGCAGGACACGGUGGAAGAGCUGGACAUCACAGAGGAGGGUUUGGAGACUUUGCUGUGUUACCUGGAGCUCCACCCUCAGCGCUGGGUGGAACUGAUGCACUCGACGCUCUCAAUGUGUCGCCUGGUGUGUUACGGAGGACCUCGAGAACUCCGCAAGCUUACCAAAGUAUGCGCCCCUGUGGCGGUGGUGCUGGCGAGGAAGCGUCUGGCUGGCGAGAGGGUGGAGGACUGUGACUCUGUGGAGUUUGACGUGGUGGAGCUGGCAGACACUAUGGGAUGGCAGCUACCACUGGUCAAGAGGGGACUGAGACAGCUGCAGUGGGGUGGCUCGGGAAGGAGCGGGAUCCACGUGGAGUUCUCCGCGCUCUCCUUCUACUUCCGCUCCUACGGAGACCUGACGCCUGAAGAACUGGACGAGGUGUGUGCGUUUCUGCACGGCAGGGUCCAGACGCAGGAGAGGACGCAGCUCUAUCAGCUAAAAGCCUCCUUUAAAGCCUUCCGCAGUGUUGCUUAUCGGAACUGUAGUUUCUGCAUGGAUGAGCUGGAUGAAGCCAGGAGUCUGAGGCUGAAGGAGCUUUUGGCUGAUUAUUUUGAGAAGAGACGAGAUCUGAACAUGAGCAAGUACGAGGAGGAACAGGAUGAUGAGGAUGAAAUCUUCAGCAAAUUUAAGCUGAAGGACUGGGAGGAGCAGAUCCGUGCUGAUGUGAGAGGUUUCCUGACCAGUCGCAGUGAUGAAAAGUUCUCAGGCCGCGCCGUAGCGAGGAUUUUCCACGGGAUUGGAAGCCCGUGUUAUCCGGCGCAGACGUACGGCCGAGACCGGCGUUACUGGAGAAAGUAUCUCCAAUUCGACUUUAAUGAGAUCAUCCGCUUAGCUACUCAGGAGAUUAUUAGAACAAGGUAACAGAACAGAGACUCCUGGACUGUUAUUCACUACUAAAUUCACUUAUGUGUAAAAUUUGUCGUUUUAUCUGUACAUUAUGUCUCUGUGAUUUUAUACAUGAUCUAAUUUAUUCAUAUUACUGACUGAA